UUUUGCUAUUUCGCGUACGUGCGUUGAAAAUGUUGCAGUUAAGCCAGCUCAAUCCAAUCGGCGGGCGUCUUUCAAAAUAUGCUAAAGGAUUGCCGAAAACAACACCAAAUGUAUACCGCAGAUAUUUAGAAAAAAUCAAAGUGAUUGGAUAUAACGAUCCAUACAGUAUGUCCUUCCCUGCGCUUGGAAACCAGAAUAUCCCGUCCACGGUUACUACUGGUCAUCCUAUGAAGAAUCUACGAAGUAUGGAUGGGUAUAAAAAAUUCGAAUCCGGGUUCGUGCAUUCCGUCCAGGGAACUGUACGAGAAGGCUAUCAUGUUGUUGUUGGAAAGGUUAUCCACUCGAUGAAGCUGAGGGAAGGUAUGUUGAAACCAUGGAUAAUCUUAGACCAACGAGGAAACAUAAUAUAUGCACACUGCACCUGCGUUGCCGGUAUAAGCGAGACUUGCUCCCAUGUCAGUGCCAUCCUGUACUCAUUAGCUAAUCUUCAUGCCCAGUCUAUUAAUAGAAAGAUCACAGUUACAGAUAUGCCAUGCUACUGGCGCCAGCCAUCGAAAAACAUUCGGACCGAUCUGUACAAAAAAGUUCGAGAUGUUAGUUACGGGAAGACAUCGAAGUAUUACUAUGAUACUGUAGCUGGUAAGACAAGAGCUGAUUUUGACGAUAUGUGA